AUGCGAUUUUUGCUGAUUACCGCUUUUCUCAUACAUUUGGCUAUCUCAGGUUUGGUGACUCCUGAGCAAAUUCACAUAUCCUGAACUGAAAAUCCUAAUGAAAUGAGAGUUAGGUUAUGUUAUUAAAAGUUAGGCGUUAGCCAUAUUGGUGACGCAGUCACCAAAGACCUCCGGUACGGGAGGUUUAUCUGCUUUUCGACUCCAAAACCCAAAGGGUCUUUCGCACGAAGGUGGAUGCCACUUCCGGUACCUCCUGUCUCUUCCUUGCCUUGUGGCUUCAGUCUUGAGUAUGCGGCUUACUAUUAAAGAGAGUUACCUGGACUUCCUUUGUACCCCUUGACUCCUGGGUCAUUUAUCGUCCCAUCCUCUGCAACGAUCCACAACACAAUAGCUUUGAUUUCACUCAAGUCCAAGGAAAUUAUACAAAGUUUAACGAAGGCACAGUAACGGUUCGCUAUGCUUUUAUUUAUACAUCGAUAAUAAAAAAUCUGCUCCCAGAUUGCCAUUACGAGUAUUACAUUCAAAACGACGCAAGUUUUAGCAAAAGUUAUAUUUUCAAUGGGAGAACUCCUGAAAGUGUUAAUAGCUAUAGAGAUGUAGAUAACAAACUCAAUAUGAUUAUUUUUGGAGACUGGGGAACGGGACCAAUUGGCGAGCUGACAAGCGCCCUUUUGGGAAUCGACUCAAAAGUCAAGGAGUUUACAGGAAUUCUUCACUUACUCCCCCCCCAUCCUUGAUCGAACGGCUCGCCAUCGUUCGAUCAAGGAUUGGGGUUAAAAAAAAAAUUUUUUGGGGAAAAAAAUUUUAUAUAUAAAAUAAAUAUAUAUAUAUAUUUUUUUUAUUUAUUUUUAAAUAAGAGGGUUAAGAGUAUUUAAUAAUUAUUUUUACAGCAAACAUUUGAAUUAAUUUCAUAAAAAUACCAAUUUUUAAUAUUUUGAUUUAUUAGUUUAUCCUUUAAACUGUAUAAAUUUUAAUUUGUUCCUUAUUAAAUUAAUUUUUUUUUAAAAUUUUAAAGAAUCUCUAUUUUUUAGAUUAUUGAGUUUUUAAGCCUAGGUUGAUGACUAAAUCACUUCGAAUAGUUGAUUCCGUAGCUUUUUGUCGUCUCAAAGUCUCUGAAAACAACUUCAUUAGGUACAUUUUCCAAGCUUUUGAUAACUAAUAUAUUUUUAUAUAUAUAAAAAAUUUGCAUAAUAUGAAAAUCGUUCGAUCAAGGAUGGGGGGGAGUUAGGAGACAUCGGAUACAAUUUGAAUUCAGAUGAUGGGCUAAUUGGAGAUAUGUAUGGUAAUCAAGUUCAAGAUAUUACUGCAAGCAUUCCUUACAUGACUCUGCCAGGGAAUCACGAAGAUGCUGACAAUAUGACUCAUUACAAAAUCAGAUUUAAAAUGCCUUAUAAUGAAUAUAACCAAGGAACAGGACUUUUUUACUCUUUUAACAUUGGACCAGUUCACUUUGUUACGCUUAAUACUGAAGUAUAUUAUAGAGAAGCCAAAUCGGAUCUCCAAGCAGAAAUUCAGCUAGAAUGGCUCAAGCAAGACUUAGAAACCGCAAAUUUGCAUAGAAAAAAGCGCCCUUGGAUAUGCCUGUUUACCAAGAAUAGCCCACUAAGGAGCAUUUUUUGGUUCGCCAUUCUUAAAUUUGGUUAGCCAGAAAAUAUGGCAUGCCAACGAAUUCGGCAAGCCAGGUAUUGUCCGGCAUCCAAAAAAUGCUCCUUAGUGGGCUAUUCUUGGUAAAUAAGUAUAAUUGUUACGUCUCAUCAUCCUCUAUAUUGCUCUUAUGACUUCACCGAAUUAGAUGGCACAGAAAGAAAUAAGUGCUGCGGCCAUGAAGCUCAAUUUUUAAGGGAUAAACUGGAGGAUAUUUUUUAUUAUAACGCUGUGGAUAUAUUUUUUGGUGCUCAUUUGCAUGCCUAUGAAAGAAUGACUGCUAUUUAUAAAAAUAUAACGGUACAAAGCGAAUACGAUGACUAUUAAGAUUAAGAUUAAGUUAAGCCGUUUGCCUUUGCAGGGCCGGGAUUUGCACCCCUACACGCUCAUCGUCCUGAGGAGCCCCGGCGGACACCCUCCUUGUUGCCUCAAACAAGGGAUUCGCGCGACCAGUCUUGACUUCCAUGGCUUCUGGAGUCUAAGAGCCAACCGCCUGAGUCGAAACUCCCAGCUCUCGUUGGGCAAAUACCGUCUUCAGGGUCUGAGGGUCAUAUUGCCCUUCAGACAUUGGCUGAACUUGUCCUUUCCAAUGGUUGUCCUGGAGGAAAAACUUCAAGUCCGAGAAUUAGCUCCUCGGGCCCAAAGAAAACCCAGCCCGACUAUACAUAAAGGAUUACCGGCCCCUUUCCACCUAAAUCUCCAACACUAGGCCGUUGCCUGCUGUUGAAGAAAUAGGGUCGAGAGGUCGGGUGGUUCGUCGUCACCAUUUUUAUGUAAAUUAAAUACGAUGACUAUAAUACUCAUAAGAACCCUAAAGCAACAAUUCAUAUUUUAGAUGGGAAUGCAGGAAACCAUUAUGCUCAUAACGCUGACAUAACAAAGACGCCACAAUUAUGAAGCCAAUAUAGAACUAAUGAUUAUGGGUAUGGAAGAAUGACUUUUCAUAAUAAGACACAUCUUUUAUUUGAACAAGUCAGCGACUAUACAAUGAGUGUCAUUGACUCAUUAUGGGUAAUUAAAACUAUCGAACGGUUUUAA